AUGGUGCUGACCAAGUCUAAGACCGUCAGCAUGGUCCUUUGUCUCUUGAUCUAUCUCGAAUUUGCUUCAGCAUUCCACUAUAAUGGUGGAGAGCUCAUUUACCUCGACCGAUCUUACAACUGCAUACCUCUUCUUGCAACCGUACUCUUCUCUGGCUACUUCAUUGCGCUUGCCAAUACCGUCGGUAAUUCCAUUGCAUUUGCCAAACACAUUCUUGUUGUCGCGACCGGAGAGUCCGACUUCAACGACAAGGCUGAGCUCGUGCGUUACAUCGCAAUCUCCAUCCUGACAGUAGUCUGCUUUUUGCACAUGAUAUCCAACAACCUUGUCCUGUUUCUGAACAAGACCUUUGCGUAUUUCAAAGUCCUUCUCCUCUUCGUCGUUGCUUGUAGAGGAUUUUACAAGCGGAAUCCCGAUGCCCUAAACGAUUGGAGUGGGGCAAGUGAUUUCAAAAGCAGCAUGGCAGCUCUGGUACCCAUCUUCUACGCCUUCGAAGGGUGGGAGAACGCAACUUACGUCACUGGAGAGUUCCAGCGUAUGAGCACGGGGAAUGUGGAAGACAAAAAGAAGCUCAGACAAGGAUCUUUCGUAGCUGUGUUUAUAGUCACAGCCCUAUACAUGCUAGCUACCGCCGGCUAUUUCUGCGUGUUAACAUACGAUGAGAUUGAGAAUCAAGAAGGAUCUGGUGGAGAUCUGUCUAUAGUUACUCAAUUUGCUCAAGCGGCUUUUGGUAACUCCGUCGGCAUUGCUAUAUGCAUCUCCCUCUCCGCAGUUGGCAAUCUCAUUGCCGUCAUAUACACUUACAGCAGAGUGAAACAGUCGAUGGCCAUCCAGAGCUUUCUUCCUUUCUCCAAUCUACUGAAACGAAACAAAGACCAUCCGAUUGGAGGUAUAGUUGUUCACUGGAUCGUCACAGUAGCUACAAUAAUUGCCCUUCCAAAUGAUGCCGAUGGAUACGGUUUCGUCGUCGGAAUAUUUUCGUAUGGACAUACCAUCAUUGCCGUCUUCACAGGCUUGGGGUUUGUCUGGAUUCGCACUACGGUUGACCGCACAGAAUGGUUCAGAUACGUCGAUGGAUGGCAAGCCGAUUUCAGCUGGUGGAACCACGGGUACAAUCGCGUCGCCAUUGCAUUCGUCUUCAUUCUACUCAACAUGAAUGUCGUCGUUUGCGCCCCCAUGAACCUGAAGGGAGACGCUGAUGGCAUUCCUCGUUGGCGUUGGCCUGUCAUAUUCUUCGCGGUGGAAGGGGUUUCAUUUGUUUACUGGGCCAUCUUGAGGCUCAUGGAUACACGGCGCUUCGAGGAUAUCAUGAAGUUUCGACUUCAUAUUUAUACUGCGGAGAACAAUCCGGAUGCAGCGGAAAAGGAAGAAUCAAGGAUUGAUGGAAGCAGACGGAGAGUGCAUGUCGAGUAUAGUCAAACGGCGUACGGGAAGCUCAUCGACACGACCCGAGGGUUUGGAAAGAAAUUGCAGAAACAUUUUUGGUAG